UCCACUUCAGCUCUUCCUUUGCUCUUUUUAUCCUGCCCCAGGAAUUGGAAACAACUGAAGCGAGAACAAGAUACAUUUUUUAUCUCUUAAGUGAUCUGAGCUGUGGGGCUGGAGCUCCACCAUAGUGUGGGAAGAUAGCAUGGAUCACAUAGGGGCUCACCACCUGCACCAGAGCCAUGCAGAACCCAUCAGCUUUGGGAUUGAUCAGAUUUUGAACAAUCCAGAUCAGGGGAGUUGUAUGAUUUCCAGUGCCAGGCUCCAGGAUUCAGACUAUGGAUUGGGAUGCAUUGUCAGCAGUGCUUACAACACCAUGACAGGCAACUACAGCAACAACAGUACCGGCGGAUACAAUAACAGUGCCUGUAGUAUGGCCUCCUUGACUGGCUCUUACAACAUGAAUAUGGGGAUGAACAUGAAUGGAAACAACCUCAAUUCUGCUGGGGUUAUUAGGGUUCCUGCUCAUAGACCUUUGACUGGCAGCGUGCACCAAUCUAUUUCCACUGGAAUGCCUACUGUGCCCAGUGUUGGGGCAAUGAACAACAUGAACAACCUCACAGGGUUAACUUUCCCCUGGAUGGAGAGUAACAGGAGGUAUACUAAGGACAGAUUCACAGUGGCGCUCUCACCGUUCACUGUAACACGCCGUAUAGGUCAUCCGUACCAGAACCGGACCCCGCCUAAGAAGAAGAAGCCGCGGACAUCGUUCACCAGACUGCAGAUCUGUGAGCUGGAGAAGAGGUUCCACCGCCAGAAGUACCUGGCCUCUGCCGAGAGGGCCGCCCUGGCCAAGGCGCUCAAGAUGACCGAUGCCCAGGUCAAGACGUGGUUCCAGAACCGCAGGACCAAGUGGAGAAGACAGACAGCUGAAGAGAGGGAAGCAGAAAGACAACAAGCCAACAGGAUAUUAAUGCAACUUCAGCAGGAGGCCUUUCAGAAGUCUAUAAACCAGCCUCUCCAGCCCGAUCCCAUCUGCAUCCACAACUCUUCUCUCUUCGCCCUGCAGAACCUCCAGCCUUGGUCAGAUGACUCCGGGAAAAUUACCAGUGUCACCUCCGUGGCCUCCGCCUGUGAAUGACCAGGAGGACACAAAAGGAUUUUAUGUGGUAAAAAGACUGGUUAAAAUAACCACAGGACAAGUUGAAGCAACGCCAACCAUCACUGUCUCUACUGAGUCACGUAAA